GGUGCUUGGAGGCUAGAGCACCAACACUCGACAAAGAGACUGUUUUGUUGGAACGAUUUUUUACCCCAUUUUUUUAUUUUUAGCUAAUUUUAAUUGUAUUUAUAUUGGGGAUGUUGUGUUUCUAAAGCACAGAUGAAUGUGUGUGGUAUAUUUUGAGCUUGAUGUGCUGAAAUAUUGUGAUUUAGUGAAUGUUUAGAGUCUAUACAAAAGAGGUUUUUUAGUGUUGUGGAUUUCUUCGUUACUGAUACCUCUGCAGCUGGCCAGCGAAGAACACGUCAAGGCAUUGACCUCGUAAUAAAAGAUUCUGCCGUUUUAAUGCUACUGCCAAGGAGGUACCGGCCUGUUUUUGAAAGAAGAGGCGCAUUAGCGUAACGCGAGCUGAUUGGAGUCCAAUGUAGACUGUUCACCUUCUUGAGAGAAGAGAUAAAUGGCGGCUGGUUGUAGCAACAAUGUCGGUAGUGGUGGGGGAGGAACAGCUAGUGGUUCAGGGGGCCAUUCGCAUGGUCACCGACGCCAGGAAUCCAUGUACGCCAUGACAGGACUCUAUUCCGAAUCGACGUCGAACGAAGAGGAUGUAAACGAGUCUAACAUCACUGUUACAUCGAACAUCAGCCUGGGCACAAAUGUGGGUUCCUCCACGUCAUGUUGCCAUGACACUGUUGUCAAAUGUCACAGCAGGAAUCCUUCUGCGGGCAUUGUUGACAGAAGUGAAAAGGAGAGAUCUCAGCCUAUAAUAUUGCUUCAGGAUUCAAGAGACUGUGGGAUUCUUACCUGUAGACCUCUCUUUCUGCAACGCUUUGCUGGAAUCAAGGUUUUUGUACUCCUGUUGUCUUUCCUGGUGACUCUUCAGCAAGCCCUGAGUUCUGGAUAUAUCAAUUCUGUCAUUACAACUAUAGAGAAGAGGUUUGAAAUUCCAUCCAGUUUGUCAGGCCUUAUUGCAUCUUCAUAUGAGAUUGGAAAUGUCAUUACUGUCAUCUUUGUGAGCUAUCUUGGUAGUAGGAGACACAUCCCUGUGUGGAUUGCUGUUGGUUCCAUUGUGAUGGGUAUUGGAUCCAUAGUGUUCACAGUACCACAUUUCAUAGCUGAUCAGCAGCUAGCAUCAACCCUUGCCAACUCCAGCUCCGACAAUAUUUGUCGGGGCGUGUCUGUUAGAGAACAAGACAUGGGGUUGGGAAGAUUAUCGUCAGGUCUUUCAUCACCACCCCUUGCACCACAUAACAACCUCCGAGGGGACAACUGCAUUCAGGGCUCUCCUUCCACCACGGGACCUGUCUUGUUGUUCCUGUUAGCUCAGCUCCUAUUGGGCUGUGGAGGCUCACCUCUUUUCACCCUCGGCACAACGUACAUAGAUGAUCAUGUCCGCCCAGAGAGUGCUUCUCUCUACAUAGGUUGUAUGUACAGUAUGGCAGCAUUUGGACCAGUUCUUGGUUUUCUUCUGGGAGCAUACUUAUUAUCAUUCCAUAUGGAUUCUUUCUCCAGUUCCAUUGUCACCAUUGAUCCUGGUGAUAGAAGAUGGGUUGGUAUGUGGUGGGGGGGAUUUUUACUCUGUGGACUUCUUCUUGUAAUGGUUGCAAUUCCAUUCUAUGCCUUCCCUAAGACACUACAGAGAGAGAAGGAGAAAAUUCGACUGAUGGAGAAGUCUCGUCCUGACCAAGUUCGUCCUGCAAAGUCAACAGACAUUGCUACAGGACAAGGCCAAACCAAUGAUUCAGGUUAUGGUAAAGAUAUUAAAGACAUCCCUCGGUCAAUGUGGCGGCUCGUGUGCAACUCUGUGUACGUAGUUACAUGCCUUGGUGCCUGCAUGGAACUCAUCAUUGUGUCAGGAUUUGUUGUAUUCCUUCCUAAGUACCUGGAGACACAAUUCAGUCUCGGAAAGAGCCAGGCCAGUGUGUUCACAGGUUCCAUUGCAAUUCCUGGAGCAUGCAUUGGGAUCUUCAUGGGUGGCUGCCUCUUGAAACGGCUGGAACUUAGGCCUAAAGGAGCAGUUCAGUUUGUGCUCAUAUCAAAUACUGUCUGCCUAGCAUGUUAUGGCCUUCUCUUCUUCCUCGGUUGUGAAAAUGUUAAGAUGGCCGGCACGACUAUUCCGUACUUCAAUAGUUCUAAACCGGAGCCAUUCCAAGUGAAUCUGACAGCAUCGUGCAAUUUUGGAUGUGAGUGUCGCAUGACAGAUGUGGAGCCAGUAUGUGGGAACAAUGGCCUGACGUACUUCAGUCCUUGUCAUGCUGGCUGCACGGCCUUCUCUUCCAGCUCCAACUACACCAACUGUGCCUGUAUUCAUGGCAACUUCAGCUUGCUUACAAGUGGUAGCAGUGGCCCAUCUGCCGCAGCAGAGUUUGCCGAAGUGACGGUGGUUCCGGUGGCUACGGCUGGUCCGUGUAACUCCCCGUGUAGAACCAUCUUCCCAUUCCUCAUAUUGCUCUUCUUCAUGACGUUCAUUGUCGCGGUCACUCAGAUGCCACUGCUAAUGAUUGUUCUCAGGUCUGUAGGAGAAGAGGAACGAUCCUUUGCUUUGGGGAUGCAAUUUGUGAUAUUCCGUCUGUUUGGGUAUAUACCUGCGCCAAUACUGUUUGGAAAUUUGAUUGAUUCAACAUGUCUUCUGUGGAAGAGCACGUGCGGCGAGAGAGGGGGACGGUGCCUUCUAUAUGAUAUUGAGCAGUUCCGAUACAAAUAUGUUGGGAUCUGUGCGGGUAUCAAGAUCCUUGCGCUGGCUUUGUUUCUUGUGGACUGGUGGUUGGUGCGACGACGACGCCAGCUUGAAGAGCAGGCUACCAUGACAGUUGGUGAUGUCGUAGGCUCCAUUAUUAGCCUUGACAAAUUGUUUGAGGAGCGACCAUCAAUUGUCCAGUCAGAUAAUCAAAAGUGCACAUCAGUUGGUCCGUCAAGCCCGGCCUCAGACCUGCCUACAUCACAGUCCGAAUCAAUGGACACAUCAGACCAUCAUCACAUGCAGUCUUCAUUGGAGCAGACCUGCCAGAUGAAACCUCAGACAAUGGAAACGCAGUCUGAAGUAAUAUUUCCACAGUCAAGGAAAGAUCAACUAGAGGAGAGUCUAUGCAACACCAGUGUAAAUGCUUAAUGAUGUUAUGUUUAGUGUAAAGAAAUUCAUUGUAUUUUGUUGUAGAUUGCACCACCUUUGCCACAACUCUGCUUCGAAUAUAUGGGAAGCAUUUAAGAACUGAAUCAUUAGUUUUGUUUCAUUCAUUUUGUAAGUCUUAAAAUUGACAAAUUUUAUUCCCAGCUUAAGUUCCUCCUGCUCUGGUUCCUUAAUAUGAGGUAUGUAUUACUUAAUAGAAUGUAGUAAAAGAUGGUACUAGUCAUGACCCACAUUUCAUAUGCUUAAUACUUCAGAAAAUGAGCCACUCACUACUUCCAGAUAGUUCAAAAGUAAAGAAAAAUGGAAUUGGAUUGGAAAACUUCAUGUCUCUGUUGUAACAGAUUCAUAAUUAAUAUUAACAAGACUUUCAUUUUAUUUAUUUGCUUAUAUUUUGUGUAUACAUAACUUGACAUAAUAGAAUGAAAUACUAAGACUGAAAUAAUAGUCUUAGCAUGAAUUGUACUGCCAACUACUAACAUGUAUAUUGUAAAUAGGCUGGGCCUGAAAGAGAACUACAUCUCAACAGAGAAACUGCAUUUAGGUGCUGCCAGGCAAUAGGAAACAUACUUUAAAUAGUGGCUAGGUCUAAAAAAAGCUGGACUCUAACAUGAAGAUUGCAUAUGGCUGCUAUCAGUUAGUAGCCAGGCACUAGGAAACAUAUUGUAAAUGAUGGCUAAAUCUGAAAGAGAAGCUAUAUACUAACAUGAACAUUGUUAACAGUGGCUGGGUCUCAAACAAUACCCAGGUACUUACACAGAAAUUGUAUGUAGUAUCCAGGUCUCGAACAGUAGUUUGAACAAUGAAACUGUAAGUGGUAGCUGAGUUUAUGUAAUAGACAGAUACUUGCACAGAAAUAAUGGUGGGGGGGAGAAGGCAAGGGGAACAUAACAAGAAUGGUAAUGGCAGAUUUGGCUUGAUUUAUUUCUGGGUAAGACUGCAAAGCAUGAUCAUAAUGAAGAUGUUUAUAACCAUGUUCAGCUGUGAUGGAAUUAGUGAGAUGUUCAUGUAUUUCCUUUUUGUGAUCGAGUUAAAUCUUUAAAUAGUGUUUGCAGAUACUGUAAAGAUUAAGAAGGUUUUCAACAAUUUGUUAUUUUCAUUCCUGACAAUCUCCUGAAGAAAUGGAUUUGAUUUUAAAUUGUUCAGAUAUAUUUUCUGAGAACCCUUUGAAAUGGUAUAAAGUUUUCAGCUGUUUCUGAUGGUGAAUGUUCCAUAACGUUACAUUUGCUCCUAAUUAUACCUGAGGACCAGGUAUUAAAUUUAAUAUCUGACAGACCCAACCAUGUUUCUACACAAACAUACCCACUGUGGAGGACCAGUGAAAUGUUUGUGUAUGGAUUGCUUGAAGUCUUUAGUCAUAUAGUAGAUGCUGAUUCAAUUAUUGAAUAAGGAACAGCAUAUCUCUGUAUGCAAACUCUUACAAUUAGAAGCACUGUUAUUGCUGAAAUCUUGGGCAAACAAUACAAGUUACUGUUAUAUCAGUAUAUGUACUCAUAUACAUAUGUGUUAGGAGUGACCGCUUAUGAAUUGCAAGUGAAUGACAUGCAUAAUCCAAUGAAUGAAAAUGAUUAAAUUCAUAAGAAUGUGCUAGAAAAUUUGGUUGCAUGUGUGUCUCUUGUUCACUUAUACAAUACCCAGUGCUUCUCAAGCAAAGUGGCACUAGUAACACAGCAGAUGGGCAUUCCAGAGUUAACCCAACAGUGCCCAGAGCCUCUGACAGAAGCAGUGUUAUGAUGAAUGUCUUCAGAUUUAUGAAACAUUUCAGAAGAACACUUUACAACAAUAUUUUAUAAAUAUCCUGGCAAUGAAUGUUAUACAGUGAAAUGUAAGCACACAUGUAGCAAUGGUUAUGAAGAAUUCUGUGUUCUGGGAUAUAACCCCAUAUAGUCCAUUGAGAGGAACAUGUCCCCUCCAUAUUCAGGCUCAAAGAAUAAGUGGAACAAGAACCCAGCAUUAAACAGGUAGUAAAUAGAGCCUGCUCUACUUUCUACCUGUUUCAAGCUGUUUGAGUAGGCUCUGCUUGCUACCUGGAGCUCACUGUUUCUUGUUCCACUUAUUCAUCAAUCAUGAAGGUAGAAGUGACAUGUUUUCCUGAAAUGUCAAUUGACUUUCAGUGGACUACACAGCAUUAUAUCCCAGAAGAUAAAAUUCUUUAUAAACUCACAGUUUUGAACUCUUGGGAGCAGUGGCUGUAUUAUUCUUUUUAUUAUCAUUAUAAAUAAUAUUAUUUUAUUAUUAUCAUCAUCAUUUUCCAAAACUGGAUAAUGGCACUAUUUUAAUAAAACUAAACAUCACUUUGUUGUUUUAAUCAAGUGCUAUGUGAACUGAGGACCAAGUUACGUUACUAUGCUGGUUGGUCAGGAGUAGUGACAUUUCUUGUUUUAUGUAGCAGUUGUGUUCCAAAAGAAAGAAAAUGUCACAGAAGGUGAAAUCUCAUAAAUCAAACAUAAUUUUCCCUUCUCCCCACAUAUUCCCCCUCCUUAAAGCCACACAGUACUCUACUCCCCCUUUUUACUACCUCUCUCCAUCACCAUCAAGCAAGUCACACUAAAGCAAGCACUGUUAAUUGAAAUCGGUCUAAAUUUUUAAGUGCAUUAAAAUGAAAUUGCAUUAUUUUAAUGUACACGUAUAUGUAACAAAAAGUGCCAGUACUUGGAAACCAUCAUUCCACAGUGUCACAAAUCCCUCAAGAACUGCCCUGGAACUGAACCCAGAUUUGCAGGCUGCCCUUGUUUAGGAGACAUACUUCAGUAGGUAUGCCCUCACCUGCAACAUUUCUACCUAAACACCUCUUGAGAAGACAUAGAUACAAUAUUUAGUCAAGACAAUAGACAAUGUCUAUGGUAUGUACGUUUUUUUUAUUGCUAGUGGGGUGGGACUAAGUCCUUUCUACUGCGGCCACUUCUGGCCUAUUGU